CCAUCCAUUCAUCCAUCCAUCCAUCUAUGCAUGCAUCAUCCGAACCGCUUAUCCUGCCCUCAGGGCGGCGUGGAUGCUGCAGCCUUUCCCAGCAGCCACUGGGCGGCAGGCGGUCAAAUGUCGGCGAUAACGCUCCGCCCGGUCGCAAGUCACCAUGAAAAGAAAAAAGAAAACGUCCUUUACUUUUAUUUCCCACCUCUGACUUUUGUUUUGUUCGACGCGUUGUGUGUAGAAUUUAAACACGUCGAUAAAAAAAACGUGCUCUCUAUGUCGACAAGCUGCCAAAGAGAACGCCUAUUUAUAUUCCCCCUCUGAGCAUAACCGCUCUAAAUUAACACGUUUUAAAAUACUUGGAAACAAAUCACGUAACUUUUCCCGUGAACGGUAUUAUCGCGCGUAUUCUCGCGUUGACAAAUUAGGUUGGUGGAACUUUUCGUUCAGGCGAUCGUGACGGUCGCCUUUGUCGUGGGUCCUCGGAGAACAGCGGAAAGUCGUGUUGCGGAAGUGAAGCCGGAUCCGAAGCCGGAUAGCGACCAGAGAGGUUCCAUGCCUGUGGUAAUUGGGUUUGAGGGCAGUGCCAACAAGAUCGGCAUUGGAAUCAUUAGGGAUGGGGAAGUACUCUCCAACCCCAGACGCACUUACAUCACGCCCCCUGGCCAAGGGUUCCUGCCAAGUGAGACUGCCGUACACCACCGUGGCGUCAUUUUGACGGUCCUGAAGGAAGCGCUGGAGCAGGCGGAGUUGAAGCCUGCAGACAUCGACUGUGUGGCUUACACCAAGGGGCCUGGUAUGGGUGCUCCCCUGGUGACAGUGGCGCUGGUGGCCCGCACGGUGGCCCAGCUGUGGGGGAAGCCGCUGGUGGGAGUCAACCACUGCAUUGGGCACAUCGAGAUGGGUCGGCUAAUCACCAGCGCCGACAACCCCACCGUGCUGUACGUCAGCGGGGGGAACACGCAGGUCAUCGCGUACUCUGAGAGACGCUACAGAAUAUUUGGGGAGACCAUCGACAUCGCGGUGGGCAACUGCUUGGACAGGUUUGCCAGAGUUAUUAAGAUUUCUAAUGACCCCAGUCCUGGUUAUAACAUCGAGCAGAUGGCCAAGAAGGGGAGUCAGUAUGUGGAGCUGCCGUACACUGUGAAGGGGAUGGACGUUUCGUUCUCGGGGAUUUUGUCUUAUAUCGAGGAAGCUGCUCACAAGAUGCUGAACUCGGGUCAGUGCACAGCAGAAGACCUUUGCUUCUCCCUUCAGGAAACCGUCUUCUCCAUGUUGGUGGAGAUCACAGAGAGGGCCAUGGCCCACUGCGGCUCCCAGGAGGUCCUCAUCGUCGGGGGCGUCGGCUGUAAUCUGCGGCUGCAGGAGAUGAUGGGGGUGAUGUGUAAAGAGAGAGGAGCGAAGCUUUUCGCCACAGACGAGAGGUUCUGCAUCGACAACGGGGCCAUGAUCGCUCAGGCCGGCUGGGAGAUGUUCAGGUCUGGUCAGGUGACGAAGCUGGAAGACUCCUGGAUCACACAGAGGUUCAGGACGGACGAGGUGGAGGUGACGUGGAGAGAAUGAUCGAUUGAUUGACAGCUGUCAUGUCAGUUCUGAAGGGGACUCCGGCUAAAGGUGUGCACUACACCAAUCCUCCCAAAACGUCUUUCAAAGAUUUCGUUUUUGCGGAUGUGGGUAAUUUGGUUUAAAACAGCCUUUGUUUUUUUUUUCAGAAUUUCUGGUGUUUUAUUUUAUUUUAUUUUAUUUUUCCCUUUUGUCAAUCUGAUUCAUUUGUGGUCAUUUUGAUCCUGACUAGUUUUGAGAAGAUCUCAUGAAUAUUUUGAAGGUUCUCAUUUUAAUGAUAUUCAGCAUAUUCACAGGAAAGGGGGCGGCACGGUGGCACAGUGGUUAGCGCGGUCGCCUCACAGCAAGAAGGUCCUGGGUUCGAGCCCCGGGGUAGUCCAACCUUGGGGGGUCGUCCCGGGUCGUCCUCUGUGUGGAGUUUGCAUGUUCUUCCCGUGUCUGUGUGGGUUUCCUCCGGGUGCUCCGGUUUCCUCCCACAGUCCAAAGACUUGUAGGUCAGGUGACUCAGCCGUACUAAGUUGUCCCUAGGUGUGUGUGUGUGUGUGUGUGUGUGUGUGUGUGUGUGUGUGUGUGUGUGUGUGUGUGUGUGUGUGUGGGCCCUGUGAUGGCCCGGCGGCCUGUCCAGAGUGUCUCCCCGCCUGCCGCCCAGUGGCUGCUGGGAUAGGCUCCAGCAUCCCCCGCCACCCUGAGAGCAGGAUAAGCGGCUUGGAUGAUGGAUGGAUGUUCACAGGAAAGUGACUUCCACAUCACUUUUCCAGGGAAUUGGACUCGGAUGUUUUGUUUUCUUGAACCCGAGAACGAAACCUUGGAAAAUCGUCGACCGCCGUCAUCAGACACGUGAGAAUUCAGCGUCCUCCCAUGUUCCUGUGUUUUCGGCAAGUUCAUUUUUCAUGUUGCCGAAUGUGAGUUUUUGUUUUUGUAGUUGCGGUUUUGGAAGAGGGAAACGUUCAUUUGUUGCAGUCAGGUGGGACUUACAGAUGUGCAGCAGUGUUUCAGACUAAACGUUUUUUAAAGCGUUAACUUACAGGGAAAAUGUACGUUUUUUACUGGCCGAAGUGAUGGUUUACCUUUUGUAUAGAAAAAGGAGGAAUUGCUUGCAUGGCCGUGGAGCAGGUGAGAACCGGUGUCGGUCUCAGCCUGGAUUAUCGGUCCGGGCAGGAAGACGGUGGAGGAAGCGGUUGGCAAGCUGCAGAACUCAGUCGUCUGCUGGGCGAUAUAAAGACGAGUACUCGUCUUUCUGUGGUGCAGUAACUUAUUGAAUAACAGGAGUCCUGCAACGUGCAAACUGUUGUAAAAAAAAAAAAAUGUACACAAGUGUGUGACAUGACAAAUAAAGAGUCUUGUUUUAUC